AUGGCCGAGGCACUUCCAUUGGAAACAUUGGAAUCAAAGAUAAUUGGUCACUUAGUUGGUCAUUAUCAGGUCGAUGAUCAAGUUGCAAAAUCGAUUUUCGAUGCAACGAUGAAUUUAUAUCAUCGUGUUCCGACGAUAACCGAUUUAAAUGAAUUAAAUUCCAUUGAUAAACGAAUGUUAUAUUGUUUAGCCUACAUCAUUUGCAAUUAUUGUGAUGAUAAACGAUCGACAAAAGUGUAUUUUAAUGCUAUGAUGUUUAUUUUCAACAAUGGUAAUGCCGAUGCUGAAUAUGCGUUUAACCAAUGGUUAGGUCAUGACCCAAACAGACAAACUUUUGAGAAAACGCGUUUAAACGCACAGAAAUUAGCCUAA